UCUACAAAUCCGUCCAAGAAUGGAUUUGAUGCUACAGUCGAUCGUGAGUAACCCAACCAUUCAAGGCACUUCCUGCGCACGGAGCCUCUCCGGCAAUCGUAACAACAUAUUCAGGAUGAUGGAUGCAUCCGGGAAGUUUCCAUCGGGUUUCGCGUCAGGAAACCUAGCCGAUCUCGGCUCAUUUGACCAAUGUCUUGGAGGUCCGAUUCACGAUAGCCAUUACUGCACGAUGCUACUUACACCGAAAAACCAAAGUCUUAUUAGAAAUAUCGCCACCUAUACACAUCAGGUUGAUUUUAACGUCGCUCAAUUGCUCAUCGGAGUCUGUGCUCCAACAGAAUGUCAGCCAGAACAACUUCGAGCUGUUUACCAAACAGCAUUUGACGAUUGGUUUAACGCCUCUGUUGAUUCGUGCCAGAGCGCCUGGACUCCGCUCCACCCAACCCAGCGAACAUCAUUGUUGCUUAUCGGCUGCUGGCUAAUACUCGCUUUCCUUUUCACAUUACUACUGGGUUUUCGUAUAUCGGCCCCCAAAGCUAUUAAAACCUGCCUCACAUUGGCGACUCUUAAGACUAUCGCUACCCUCUGGGUUCUUCUGGGACAUACGUAUGCCAUUGUCGAACCUCAUAUAGUCGGCUUGUCUCUACGAUUCUACGAGAUGCGAAAGGGCUUGAUGUUUUGCCUUAUUUCCAAUGCGCAUGUCUCCGUGGAGAUCUUCUUUUGCGUAACUGGAAUUCUGAUCGCUCGAAAAAAGGUCCGACGCCGACUCGUCACGGUCAUACUCGGUAUCAUCGCACGAUACAUUCGUUUAACCCUUCCUGCUUUGGCUUUAUUGCUCUUAGCGCCUCUUUUUCCAAUCACCUGCAAUGGACCUGCAAGUUUACUUAUAAUGAAGCAGCGAUUUCUAGAUUGCCCCCAUAACUGGUGGGCUAUUCCAAUUCAUCUCAACAAUUUCCGCCCCAUGCGCGAAAAGUGUCUACCGCAUUUGUGGUAUAUCAGCGCUGAUCUGCAACUCUUUGUAAUCGUAUGGCCAUUGCAUGUCCUUAUUGUCAGAAAGCGCCACCGUAUGGUACUUAUUUCCGUAGUGGCCCUGAUUGCGACUGCAUACAUCGCGCUUGAGACUUUUCUGUAUAAUUACGCCCCUUGCGUAAUGGCUGGUCGAAACAUGCACGAAAUUUUUCGUAUGUCAAACGAGGUGUACCAACGCCCUAUAGCUCACUUGCCUUCUGUAAUUAUUGGCUAUCUGUGUGGUUGUUUAUGCGGCAGUAAGAUGCUGGACAGCCAGUGGCUCUCGAAGAUUCGAUCUGAAUUGCUGAUUCUGGCAGUGGUUUCCAUGAGCUAUUCGACGUUUGGAGGUCAUCCCUGGAUUAGUGGAGCUUGGGAUUACACACUUCGGCCUUUCUACCCAGCAUUCUAUGCGGCCAUUCACCGGCCUCUGUUCGCACUAGGCAUAUCACUGAUCUAUCUGAUACAAGAACAUCCCUGCGAGGUAGCCUACGCCCGUACGCACGGUAAAAUAAUCAGCAAUAAUGUACUGUUCUGUACUUCGGUAUAUUUGUCCACUGUAUACGUUUGCUAUUGAUUCAGUCUGACUGACAGCCUAUAGUUAAAACGGCCAAGAAAUAGAGUAACGGCAGCCAUCAGAACCUUUCGUUCCUUUCACUUUGAUGUAACCCGAAUCGUUCAUAUAUAGCCUAUUGAGCGAUCUUAUUAGUAAACACGGUUGUUUGUUUUACACAAUGUUCGUGCCCAUAUCUUUCAAUGACUAUAACAUCUGUCGCCUAUUUUUCUCAAAUGUUGUUAUUCGUUUUUUAUUAAAUGGGCGAUAAACAAAAAUAUUGAAGACAAAUGAACGUUUGCAAUC